AUGGAAACGCUGCACGCUGAAGGAGAACCGCCCUUUCUUGCUGUUGCUGAUCAAGACGGCACCUCCCCUUCUCCAAAUAGUAAUGGCACUGCCAACACGGGCAAUGACGACGAUCCAGGAUACGUCGAGUGCCCGGUUGAAGGGUGUGGAGAAUUUCUUCUUCUUAGCCAGGUGGAAUAUCACUUAGAACUCCAUACUGCAGAGGAGACCGGCGUCCAUGAUCAUCACCCUCCUCCACCAGACCCUAUCACAGCCGUGUCAGAACCUACUGCAUCAUCAUCACCCUUAUCAAACGCUCCUGAAUCAGUAUCAAAAUCAUCUCACAAGGCCUCGGAGCCAAGUACACGCCACUCCAAGGCGAUAUCAGCGUGGAAAAGACUCCUGAAAAUGCCUAGUUCCUCUUCAUAUUCACAUCGUAUUCUAUGGCGUCGCCAUGAUUCUAAGACGUCUGGCGAUUCCGAGAGUAAAACGCGCGGGACGCGGUUGGGUGUAAGUUCAUGUCUGCAUUUUAAAUAUGCGCACGAAGACCGAAUGCCAGACUGGCUUGCGGACCUUUUACGGAAAAAGGGACAAGUCCAAACAGCUGGCGUAGUCCCGGUCCUAGCCCAACUCCUCGAAUCCUCCCCCUCGACCCACCGCGCCUACCUCUGCCACCCCUGCGUCCACCACAUCUCCAAGCUCAAGCGCGAAGGCGGCUUCUGCGGCUACCGCAACAUCCAAAUGCUCUGCUCCUACCUAACCCAACCCCCCCAAUCAACCACCAUCCCCAACGCCCACAAGCUCGCCUCCCAAAUCCCAACAAUCUUCCAAAUCCAAGACUACAUCGAGACGGCCUGGGACAACAACAUCUCCGCCACGGGCCGCGCCGAAACAGGCGGGAUACGCAACACGAGAAAGUACAUUGGCACCCCCGAGGCGGUGGCCAUGUUUAGGUACUUGGGCGUCCCGUUUGCUGCCCAGUCGAUCAAGGACAAGUCCCCCGCCAAGGCGGUCGAGAUGCUGCUGAGGACGGUGGAGGAGUAUUUUAGGUCAGAUGACAAGGCGAUAGUGAGGGGGGAGGGGGGCAAGGUGAGGUUGACGGGGUUGCCGCCGUUGUAUUUUCAGCAUUUGGGGCAUUCGAUGACUAUUGUUGGGUUUGAGAGGGGGGCGGGGACGGGGGAGGGGAGGUUGUUGGUUUUCGAUCCGCAUUUUAAGGAUUGUUAUCAGGUUUUGGGGAUGGUGGGGAUGAACAAUAACAGUAAUAAUGGUGGCGAUGGGAAGAGGGGGGCGGGGGUGGUGCCGGUGAGGUAUCCUUAUCCGGAUGGGGCGCUGAAGGGGUAUAGGAGGGGUGGGGGGUAUUUGGGGGAUUUUAAAGAGUUUGAGCUUUUGAAGUGGGUUGGACUAAAUUGUUGA